GAGACCUGGUGCCACUGAACGAAGCACAGCUAUAGUUUUGCUGCUCUAGCUCUCCCUCUCUCUACCGCUUGCAUAGUUUCAUUGCAUGGCUGUCUGGGUGGCCGCACAUCCCACCACUGUUGCUGUGCCUAAACCUUAUCUUUUCCCCAUAUAACCAGCUCACACCGCUAGAGAGAAAGAAACAUACGCAUCCCACCAACGCGACGAGCUCAGAAUCUCAGAAGUCAGCAGCAGCAAAGAGGCGAUAAGUAGCCGCGGCUCACCGUUCGUUGCCCAAAACCACCCAAAAGCGUAGCGACACACGAGAAGCCACCAGCCAACGUAGUACGCGCCGAGAGCUGAGGCCAUCCACGACACACGAACAUGAGCACACUAGUAGACGCGCUGUGCGCUCCCUGCAGCGACACCGCGCUCAUCUACGACACCUUCAACGCCUCCGCCGCCGCGAGCUUCCUCUUCGACAAUGCCGCCGCCUUCUGCGACGCUGACAUCCUCGGCGCCACGGCGACAGGGGAGAAGGAGGCGACGUCGUCGGCCGCGGCCGCGGCCGCGGAAGCCGCCCCGCCGAGGAAGAAGCGGCGGCGGCGCGCGAAGAGCUGCAAGUCGCGGGAGGAGACGGAGACCCAGCGGAUGACGCACAUCGCCGUGGAGCGCAACCGCCGGCGCCAGAUGAACGAGUACCUCGCCAUCCUCCGGUCGCUCAUGCCGGAGCCCUACGUCCAGAGGGGCGACCAGGCGUCCAUUGUGGGAGGCGCAAUCGAGUUCGUGAAGGAGCUCGAGCAGCAGCUGCAGUCGCUUGAGGCGCAGAAGCGAACGCUGCUCCCUCACCACAAGGCGAGAUGCGACGACGCAACGCCGAUGCAUAACGCCAGCGGCAGCAACGUCGGGGCCGGCGGCUGCAUGGAGCCCACGACGACAACGAGCAACUGCAGCAGCAGCGUCACCGAGGACGCGCCGUCCGCCGACGCGCCCCCGUUCGCGCAGUUCUUCGCGUACCCGCAGUACGUGUGGUGCCACUCGCCGCGCGACUCCACCACCACCACCACCGCGGCGUCUGCGUCGGCGUCGGCUUCGGCGUCGUCGUCGUCGCCGGCCACGGUGGCGGCGGCGCUCCAGUCGGAGCACCGCUCCGGGUUGGCCGACAUCGAGGUGAGCCUGGUCGAGACGCACGCCAGCGUCCGUGUCAUGUCACCGCGGCGGCCAGGGCAGCUGCUCAAGAUGAUCGCCGGCCUGCAGGCCCUCCGGCUCACCGUGCUGCACCUCAACGUCACCACGCUGGACUCCCUUGUGCUCUACACCCUCAGCGUCAAGGUGGAGGAAGGAUGCAGCCUGACGACGGUGGACGACAUCGCGGCGGCGGUGCACCACGUGCUCUGCAUCGUCGACGCGGAGGCGGCCGCCUCGGAGCAUCUCCUCGCGGCGGGGCAACUGGCCACGACGGCGACGGCGGUGGCGAAGAGAGAACUCGCGACGUACAUGUACUGAGCCGCUCCAAGUGCCUUACAUGUCGUCGUUUGUGUGGUCGCGUGUACUGUAUGCCGCGCUCCCGUUUUUCUCCCCUUUUUAGGCUCGUCACGUUUUUGCUGUGUAGUGGCCCGGCAGGUUAGAUCUAGUUCUAGUUGUACUAGUAGAUGCAAAAUGCUAUGUGUCCAGUAGUCCCAGCCUCUCGACGAGGGCGUACUUGUCUGUUUCUCGUUCUGAAAACAGAAUGUUGUAUUGCUGUACCUGUACAGUAUCCUGCCUCGCCUUUCUGUAAUAAGAGCGACUAGCGAGUAGCGACAUUGGAAGGAACAGUUCGAGAUUCGUAUUAUCCGAACAGGGCCUUAUGAGGGUACUAGCUUACAAUGGGCCAUGUGAGUUA